AUGAGGAGUGCCGAGCGGGGAGGCAACGAGGGAAGCGAUCCAAGAGAGCCAAGCAACUGCAGCUCGCGCGGGAAGGAGAAGAAGAAGGAGAAAGGGGAGAAGACGGAAAAAGCGGAGAAGGCGGAAAAAGCGGACAAAACUGAUAGGAGGGACAAAACUGAUAGGGUGGAGAAGGACACGCGUAGGAAAACCCCCCAGUGCGCAGGUGAACUGUGCGAAAUCCUCUCCUCCGAUGGCAGCAACGAGCAAAUUGAACAGGACGCGGACAACUUCAUCAUAGUGGAGCUCAUUUCCUACAUCGGAGGGAACUCCAAAAUUAUUACCUACUACCCGAGCACCCGCGGGAGCAAAUCCGGGCAGAACAAGUACCUCCACCACUUUUACAGCAAAAAAAGGAUCAAGCUGUAUCUGUGCCUCCACAAAAGGAGCAACGAGAUUUACAUAUACGAGGUGGAGUCUAGGAAGGUCAGGCGGAGGGAGACCCCCCCGGGCAGUAGUGCCAAUGCAGCGCCCGUUCCAGAAGCCAUCUCUACGAAUAGAGGAGAGAUGAACCAAGCGAGUGCAUUCCUGCACGGCGCAAAUGUCAAAAGCGAGCCACCAUGUGAUGCACCCCCACCUCCCAAUGACGAGCAUAAUCCCAUCAUCAACGAGUCUACCUCGUCCUGCAAAGAAGAACCAACGCAUGAGUGCAAACCAGGGAAGUGCAAAACAAAAGAGGAAGAUAAAUCCACCUCAAUGAUGAGCGAAAACCAAAACUUCAAAGAAAGAAGCAACAAAAAAAUGGUUGUUACCAAACUGUUUGAUAGCGUCCACUGCAGCUACGAUUUGUCUACCGUCGAAUUUACGAAGCUGAACAGCCCAGAUGAUAAAACGCUAAACUCGUUGAAGAGCAUUUUAGAGCAAAAGAUUAACAAAAGUGAGAGGAGGGUCUCCGAUGCGGGGCAUUCCCAGGGGGGGGCCCCACUGGAAGAGACCUCCCAAAAGGGGGACACCCAAAAAAGGGGCAACCAAACAGGGGAUACCCAAACAGGGGCCCACCCAAUUGGCAGUCACAUUGCUGAUACCCUUUCGAAGGGCCCUCCGCCGAGUGACCAUUCCUGCGCCAAAGCGGACGAGGCGGGAAAAGACAUGACCCGUUCAGGCGACAACGACAGUGCAAGUGACAGCCAAGUUAAAAUCCUCUUUCUUCUUUUUCGCGAGCCAGCAGAUAUAUACAUGAACCAGUUUGCGGCGUUCGACCAAGGCAGCGGCGAAACGUGCACGAGGGAAAUCAGUGGGUUCUUGAAGGACGAGCAGCAGCGGCUCCUCGAGCGGGAGUGCGCGCAGGCCAAGCGGGCAAACAACUACGGAGCGCAAAUAAAACAAACCACACACGACCAAGUUCCCCAAAGCUUCCUACAGAGCUACGAAAGCGACGUGAGCAUUUACAGCAACGAUCUCUUCUUUAGCGACUCAGAAGUAGUCACCAGAGAAGAGGAGCUCAACACGAAUGAGAAGAAGAAUAAGAGAAGCUUCCCUGUGUACACUCGAAGCAAUUUAAAAAUUAAGUGGCUUCUCCUCAACCUAAAUUUAACAAAAGAGGAAGAAGUGGUCAUAGAAAAAUAUGUCCUGUUGAAGAAGGCCAGCAUUCUCAGGGCCACCAAGUCUACCCACGACUCGAACGACCUGCACUCCAGUUUUUACAAAACGGAGAAGAAGUCCAACGAGGAGCAGAGGAAAUCACGUAGGAAGGAAUCCCACUUGCUUAAGGGAGACCCCACUUGGAGUGGCAGACCCUACUCCACGCGCAGUACCCGCAAGGGUAACUCCCAAGCAAGACAGCAAAAGAAGGACAGGCCAGAUGAAAGCGACACCAAUGAGGCACACCACACUCAGCUAGCCACGAAUGAUCGAGACGACAACCACCAGAGUGAGAAUACCUUAAGGGAAAAACAAAAGGGGGAAGACAACAAGUUAAUAUUUACCUUUAAGUUUGAAGAGGACGCGGAGAAGGCCAGACAGGCAGGUGACCUCCACCAUGAGCAGGUCUCAGUGGAGCACAAAAUGUCAUCCCAUGGGGGGGAGAUAAACAGGGGAAACCAAAACGACCAUGCUACUGAGGCUGAUCCGAGUGUGCACGAAUCGGAUGCCUCUGUUGAGCCGGUUUUUUGCUACCCCAGUGCCAGGACCUCAAAGGAGAAGGCCUCCCUCCUCGACGACGCCAGCACCUGCCAGGAACCUAGUCGCGCCUCCAAGGUAUGCUCCUCUUACUCCUAUCUGGACCAAGGCUCUCAAGCAUUAUGUGAAGCGGCCACCGACGACAACGAGGAGGAGACGCUAAAGGGGAGGAAGAGGAAGAUAGAUGAGCUGGGAAAUGCUAACCAGGUGCAGUGUAGAGAGAAAAAAAUGCUGCACGUUCUCCCGGAGGGGGAAGACUACGAUGAUGACUUUCCCGAGGAGCGAAACGGUGAAGGUGUGGCUUCCGAGGUGGGAGCGUCAAACGAGACCUCAAACGAACAGUCAAAUGACCCGACGAAUGACCCGUCGAACGACCCGUCGAACGACCCGUCGAACGACUCCCUCGCGAGCGGCUCCGCACCCAACCACUCCAGCAACUCCAACGUGAGCUACACCUCCGAGGCGGACUGCAGGUACAGGCGGUGCGCCGACUCGGUGGAGGAGGUCCCCCCGCGGGAGGGGGGGCAGCCCCUGCAGAGUGGAGGGCAAACGGGUCAGCAACAAACGGGCCAGCAACAAACGGGCCAGCAACAAACGGGCCAGCAACAAACGGGUCAGCAACAAACGGGUCAACAGCUGCCUACCCGCGCGGGCGAAGCGGUGAACAGCUCCCUAACGCAGCAGUGUGACGGGUUUGUGGACAGCUCUGGCGGCUGCUCCGAGGGGGAGGGCUGCCUCAAGGGGGAUGCUGGCCGCGCUGAGAGGGGCGAAGGUGGCAGCGGAAAAGACGGCGAACGUGGUAGCAGCCGGGGGGGCGAGGAGACGCUCUUCUUCAAGCACAAAGUGAGGAGCCUGUUCGACGUCAUCAAAGUGAUAUGCUGCAACUUCGCGCGGCACUUCAAAUACAGCAGCAAGCUCAAGUUCUACGUUACGACGUUUUUAAACUUCUCCAAAAUAGAAAAGACCAAACUGCAGUUCAUGCAGAAGGAGAGGAUACUGGACACGCAGCUCCUCAAAAUGCACAUGCACAAAAAAACGGAGGACGUUAACAACGCCUGGAGGAUCAACACUCACAAAAUGGAUCGGCACAACUUGUUCCGCUUAAACAAAUUCAAGUACAUCGACGACUCGAUCAUCGAUUUCUUCCACAACUAUAUUUACUCCUUUGUUUUGAAGGAGGGAAGCAAAAGGGAGGAGGGAAAAAACGAGGGGAUACCAACCGACAGGGGGGGAAAAAGCGAUGGGAUACCAACCGACAGGGGGGGACAGAACGAGGGGAGACAGAACAAGGGGAUACCAACCGACGGGGGGACGCAAAACGACGUUUACAUUUUCAACACCUUUUUUUACAAAAAAAUUGAGCUGUAUGAAGACACCUGCAAGGCGUACCUGAGCACCAACAGGUGGAUUCAGAAGCUCGACAGGAAGGUCUACGAAUACACCUACGUCUUCGUCCCCAUCAACAUCAGCAACACGCACUGGUCCCUCGUGCUGCUCUACUUCCCCUUUAACGGGGGCCAGGCGGGGAGAGAGCAGCGACAAGAGGGGGAGAAAGAAGAAGAGGGGGAAGAAGAGGGAGAGAAAAAGAACUCCCCGGUGAGAAGCUCACCCAGUGGAGACUCCCCGAUGAGAAGCCCCUCUAGUGGAGACUCCCCGAAGAGCGACCCCCCUAGUGGAGACUCCCCGGAGAGCAACCCACCCACAGACCACUCACACCCCACGUUUAGGAGCAAAUCCUGCGAAUCGUUCUUUUCCAAGAGGGGGGCCCACUCCAAAUCGCGUCUGCCCAAGAACCGCACCGCUCUGCUGAGGAAUUACCUGCAAGGGAGAGACAACCCGGGUCAUCACCAUGAGAGGAAAGAAGGACACCUCUACAAGGAUGUAAAAAGCUCAAGUGAUUGUGGGGACGACCACCACACAGGGUCGAUCCCUCCAAAGGGAGACAUGACCAUCCGUUUGAGAGGCACAAAUAAAACGGGUUCUCCCCAAACCUGCAACGAUGCUACAAGUAAAGUGAAGGAUCCACCCAAAAAGGAAAACGUUAAAGUGGCCUACAUGAUUUACCUCGACUCGCUCUUCCCCUCCAUCAAGGGGAACAAAAUUCUGCACAAGUUGAAGAGGUACCUGGAGCACAUGCUGCAGCGGGACUGUGCAUCUCCCGGGGGGGUAACUACGGCACUGGGGGAAGUAGGGGCGGUAGGAGCAGCCCCCUCCGCUUCCGCGAACACUGCCGCGAACACUACCGCGAACUCUUCCCAGAACCCCUCCAUUUCGCAUAACCCCUCCAGUGCCCCCCCCCCGCGGAUUUUCUUCAAAUUCGUCUACCCGAAUGUCAUCCCCAAGCAAACCAACACAUACGACUGCGGCAUUUACAUCAUCCAGUUCGUUUUGCAUUUGUGCCUGAACAAGCACCUGGUCGAAAGCGAGCUGAUCAAGUCGUGUCGGGAGCAGGGGAAGGGCAGCCCUGCCGCUGACCGCCUUCGCUUCGGCCUCCACAACCACCGGCGCGAUGGCGGGGGCUCCUACUCGAGGCCGUGUGCGGGGAAGCCCGCCCCGUGGUUCUCCCCCAAGGAUGUCAGCUUGAAGUAG